GAUGCACCACUAGCGAAUAGCGACUUGGCUAUUAUUAAGUUGUGACGUUCACCUUCACUUCGCCAAAGUUAAAACUUUCGGUAGUCGGUACCCGUAGUACUUCUCUAAUAAUAUAUGAAUUUUAAAUAACCGGCAAAUAUUCAGUCCGUUUAUACAGUGGUUCAAUCCUGAAGUGCAAAAAUAAGUGUCGAUUUCGAUAUAACCUGUUCCGUAAUUCUUGGAACUGUGCAUGUGUACCGAGACAAGACCUUGAUAACUAGUUGCUUGGACAAGUGAAGACAGUUAUUAUAGGAUCAUGCUCAAGGAGGUACGUCUUUAGUUUUUGAUUUGUGAUAACCGUGCGGGCAAUAUUUCGAUUAAAAAUAGUGAGGUAAAGAGUUCACAGUUUAUCAGACAUAAGUGCAAUAUGGUCAGUGAUGACGAAGUUUAAAAUAAAUAACUAGUGCUGAAAUAAUCGUGAUAUCUUCAGACGAGUCGUAAAUAAACGAGCAAUGGACAACGGCGGAGAGAGCGUGCUAAACAUAAUACAUAGCGAUGACGGAGGGGCUACCAACGUGAAUAUAAGUGAUGUCAUUGAGGCGAUCACGCGCGCGGACCCCGUGUACGGCGCGGACGUAGACGCCAUGUCGCGGGCGCCCGCGCACGGCGCGCACCCCUUCGUGCGCAUCGUGGAGCAGCCGGCCAGCAAGGCGCUCAGGUUCCGCUACGAGUGCGAAGGCCGGUCCGCCGGUUCGAUACCCGGCGUGAACAGCACGCCGGAGCGCAAGACGUACCCCACCAUAGAGAUAUGCGGCCACCGGGGGCCCGCCGUCAUCGUGGUGUCAUGUGUGACGAGGGAGGAGCCUUUCAAGCCGCACCCGCACAACCUGGUGGGCCGCGAGCGCUGCGACAAGGGCGUGUGCACGGUGCGCACUACGGUGGGCGACGACAGCCGCGUGUCGUUCAGCAACCUCGGCAUACAGUGCGUCAAGCGGAAGGACAUCGCCGACGCGCUCAAGAUGCGAGAGCAACUGCGCGUCGACCCCUUCAAGACGGGGUUCGGUCACCGCAACCAGCCGCAAAGCAUCGACCUGAACGCGGUGCGGCUGUGCUUCCAAGUGUUCAUCCAGGACGAGCGCACGGGCAAGGUGCGCCACUCGCUGCCGCCCGUCGUCUCCGACAUCAUAUACGACAAGAAGGCCAUGAGCGACCUGGUCAUCAUGCGCAUGAGUCAGUGCUCCGCUACGCCCAGGGGGGGCACGGAGAUCUUCCUGCUGUGUGAGAAGGUGGUCCGCGAGGACAUAGCGGUGGUGUUCUUCCAGAAGGAGGGCGACACGGUGGUGUGGGAGGAGAGCGCCAACAUCGUGCUGGUGCACAAGCAGGUCGCCAUCGCCUUCCACGCGCCGCCCUACCAGAACCCGCACGCCACGCACCAUGUGCAGGUGUAUAUCCAACUCAAGCGCACAUCGGACAACGCGCGCAGCAACGCAGUCCCGUUCGAGUACAUCCCGGACUACCAAGAUUCGGGAUACUUAAAGCAUAAGCGACAGAAAAUCUUGUCUUCGCUCAUGCAAUAUGACGAAAGAAAUUACGGCGAUCAACAAAUCAAAUCAGAACCAAGAGACAAAACUCCACCACACGCGAUGGGCAGCCCGCGACAAGUGGCCAGCGUCUACAACGAGCAUGAACCUGUGCAAGAUAACUCUUAUCAGCAAUGGAACAUGCAAAACGUGCCCCUAGCUGGACCUAGUCACAUACAGCCGUACCAAGACGUGCAAUGGGGCCAGAACUACACGCAAUUGUCCCCAAGCGUCCCAACGAUGUCCCCGAACGAUGCGUCCAUGUCCCCAAACAUGCAGAUGUCCCCGAUGGGCCCAACGUCUCCGAUGAUGAGAGCUUCGCCUAUGGCGCAAGUUAUGUCCCCAAUAUCGCCGAUGCACGGGGCCAUAUCGCCGAAUAUGCACCAGAUGACCACUUUGGGGCAUGUCUCCCCGAAUCUGACCCACAUAGGCCAUAAUAUGGCCCCGCAACAGGUGCAAAAUCAGCAAAUGCCUCAACAAGAUCUGAUGGAGACAGUGAGCGACAACCCGUCGAUCACCAGCCUCCUCAUGGACCGAGAGGACAUCCAGCUGCUCUCCGCAGACCUCUCCGGGCUGGUGUCCCUGUUGCCCGCUCAGAACAGAGGGCCAGACCUUAGUGAUAGCCUCAACAGGCUAUCUACUAGCGAGUUGUACCCGUCAUAGUGAAAAGUGACUGUGUUAUAAAAACAGUGUAUUCAAUAUUAUAAUGUGUAAUGAAUUCUGAAGUAAAGUGAAGAUGUUAAUGUGCAAUUAUGGACUUAGUGGCUCGGAAGUAUGGAUGUAAUAGAACUAAUACUAUGAAAUAACACUUAUGCUAUGAAGGUGAAAAUAUAGUUAGUGAUAAGACUAUUUUGUGAAUCGUGGACUUGCAUGGUUAUAGUGUUGACGAGAAUAAAACUUUUUAGAGAUUUUUUGUAUUAAACUAUUGUGGAUAUUAUAGUGUUUAGUUAGAAAGAGACACAAUUAGGAAAUAAGCAAUGUCAGUGUUAGAAAUAAGAAUGGAAUUUGAGGGAUUACAAAAAAAUACAAGUCUAAUUUUUUAUAUGGCAAAUUUUUAAUUUUGUCGUUUAUAAUAGUAAUUGGUUAUCUAUCCAUUGGCUGACUCGCCCUAGAUUGUUUUACUUUCUCUUUAAAACUUAUCUACUGAGAGAAUGUCGAGAAAGAACAUUUGGCUCCUGAUUGAUAUAUUUUAUAAAAAUAAUGCCCAUUCCCAUUGGUCACAUUAUAUUAAUUUAAUUCAUUAUAUUAUGAAAUUGGGAAUCUUUACAAAAUUUGCCCAUUUUACAGUUCAGCCAAUAAUAGGACAUCUAGGGUCAGAUAAUUUACUAUAAUUACAUGAAAAUUGAACAAAAAUGAUGUAAUUUUAUUUUGUAAAAUAAAAUAUGUAAAAUUAUGAGAUGA